ACCAAUCGGCUUCGUGAAGGGUAGGUUUUUGAAAACGUUGGCGGCUGAGAAAGUUCAAAAUAUUAAGACUGGGCUUUCUUCGCUAAAACGUUCAUACUAACGUUACAAUUCUUCACUACGAUGCAGAAUAAGGAAAACUAUGAGCCCAGGGGUUUCCAACGAACGUUAACAACCCCUAGCAUGGUGGCAUGCCCACAGCGUGUUCAGGUGAAGCCACGACCAGAGAUGGACAGAAAUGCCAUCACAGGCCCUGGGAGGGAGUGUAUUGGCUCAUCCUCUAGUUCAGCCUCAAAGAAAGUCUCCAUCGAUGACUUUGACAUCGGUCGACCACUAGGGAAGGGCAAAUUUGGUAACGUCUACCUUGCGAGGGUGAAGAAGCUGCAAUCGAUCGUAGCGCUGAAGGUGUUGUUCAAGUCACAGAUGGAAAAGGAGGGUGUGGAGCAUCAACUCAGGAGGGAGAUUGAGAUUCAGGCACAUCUCAAGCACCCCAACAUCUUGCGCUUCUACAAUUACUUCCAUGACCGAAAGAGGGUGUUCUUGGUGCUCGAGUACGCCCCACGUGGUGAAAUGUACAAGGAGCUACAGAGAUGUGGAAGAUUUGAUGACCAGCGUACUGCCACCUACAUGGAGGAGAUAUCUGAUGCACUUUUGUAUUGCCAUGAGAAGAAAGUGAUUCAUCGUGACAUCAAGCCAGAGAAUCUGCUUCUCGGCUAUCGUGGAGAGCUGAAAAUUGCUGACUUUGGUUGGUCUGUCCAUGCACCUUCUCUAAGGCGUCGUACAAUGUGCGGGACACUGGACUACCUCCCUCCAGAGAUGAUUGAAGGCCACACCCACAGUGAGAAGGUGGACCUGUGGUGCAUCGGGGUCCUCUGUUACGAAUGCUUGGUCGGCAACCCACCUUUUGAAACUGCCAGCCAUUCAGAAACAUACAAAAGAAUUAUGAAGGUGGAUUUAAAGUUCCCUAAAAACAUCUCAGAUGGUGCACGGGACCUGAUCGGCAAGCUGCUCCGCCACAACCCCAUCGAUCGUCUCUCACUACAGAGUGUCAUUGACCACCUGUGGGUGCGCACCAACUCCCGCCGAGUCCUGCCCCCCAUCUGCCCCACCAAGAAAUCUUGAGCCCCCCUGGCCUGCCUGCUUACCUCCCACUGAGGGGGGUUUUAUCUGUCCUUCACAACAGACUCUGGGCCAGCAUGUUUUGGUUUUGCUGCCAUGGGCUUUAAACUACCAUUAUUCUGGCAUAU